CAACCUCUCCUCAGACAUCUAUCCCACAAGUUACAACUACUGUAACAACAGGAACACCACAUGUAUCUACUUCCUCACCUAGAAGUCCAAUCACCACAAUGUGUUUUUGUAUAAUAAAUGGGAAGCACUAUCAACCAGGAGAAACAAUAUUGAACAAGACUGACAUUGGAUCAGGUAUUUGUCUGACCAUGAAUUGUUCAGCUAGAUGUGAAAUUCAAAACACAACAGAACUGUGUGGACAGACAUCCCCUUCACCCACUCCAUACUAUGAUUGUCCACCGUGGGAAGUAAAUACAAAUGAGACCUUUAUGCUUGAGACCUGUAACUGCACCAUGGCCAGGUGCAUUGAAGACAACAUUAUAGAGAUCAUCCCUUAUGAGUGUCCACCUCUUCAAAACAUCACCUGUUCAAAUAAGAAGAAACCAGUAUCUGUGCUUGAUAAGAAUCAUUGCUGUUAUGAACAAGCCUGUGACUGCAUUUGUGAAGGCUGGGGAGACCCUCACUAUAUAACUUUUGAUGGACUCUUCUAUAGUCAUCAAGGAAACUGCACUUAUGUUUUAAUGGAGGAAAUCAGACCUAAACACCAUUUGAAAAUCUACAUUGACAAUGUCAAAUGUGACCCCCGUGAGCCCGUGUCCUGCCCCAGGGCAAUCAUUGUGCACUAUAACCAUAUUGUAAUCACACUGAAAAACAACAACCUUGUAGGAGCUGCAAACCUGGAGGCUUCAAUAGGUCAUAAGGUAUUAAGAUUACCUUUCGCAAAAAAUGGCAUGAGUGUGGUGAGCUCAGGUGUGAACCUGAUUCUGGAGAUUCCACAGCUCCAGGUUGUAGUAACAUUUGGAGUUACUGGUUUUAGUCUCUUCCUGCCAUUCCAAUAUUUUGGGAAUAACACACAGGGACAUUGUGGUACCUGCAACAACAACCAGGCUGAUGACUGCAUGCUACCAGGGGGGAAACUUGUUGAUAACUGUGAAGUAAUGGCAGACUACUGGCCAGCUAAUGAUCUGUACAACACAGACUGCCCUGUGCCAGCACUUGUGCCCACCCCUCCACCCACAAAACCUUCAUGUCCAUCCAACCCUGUAUGUGAGCUGCUCAAGAGCAACUUGUUUAAAGACUGUCAUCCCAUCGUCUCCCCUGACAACUACUUCAAGGGCUGUCAAUUUGACAGUUGUCAUAUGAUAAACCCUGCUGCAGUGUGCACCAGUCUACAGACCUAUGCCUUAGCCUGCUCCCAGUCUGGCAUCUGUUUGCACUGGAGAAACCAUACUGACCUGUGUGCUGUUCAGUGUCCAGGUGACAAAGUCUACAAACCUUGUGGACCUGCUGACCAGCCUUCCUGCCAGGACAGGCUUGAUGAGCAUACUAUGAAUGUGACUACUGAGGGUUGCUUCUGUCCUGAUGGAAUGUUGCUGUUUAACAAGGAAUCCGGACUGUGUGUUGAAAAGUGUGGAUGUCUAGACCCAUCUGGCCAAGCACGAGCACCCAGAGAGGAAUUCCAGUAUGGCUGUCAACAUUGUGUUUGUGAUGAGUCAACUAUAGCUGUGACCUGUAAACCAAAGCAGUGCUCAAACAGUAGCCAAGUAACCUGCAGUGAACCAGGCUUCGUUCCACUCAAUGUGACAGAUACCUCAGAUGCAUGCUGCACCAUAGUCUCCUGCCACUGUGACAUCAGAACCUGCCCCAAUGUGGAAGAGAAAUGCAAAAUUGGUUAUAUUCCUGUCCUCCAAGUACCUGAAGGAAAAUGCUGCCCUGAACUCAUAUGUGAGCCCAAGAAAGUCUGUGUGCACAAAAAUAUGGAAUAUCAGCCUGGUACCACAAUCCCUGUGGUGGACUGCCAGGAGUGUAACUGUACCUGGGAAGUGGAUCCAAAAACCCAGUUGCACAAGAUCCAUUGUACAUCUGUGACUUGUAAUGAGUGUGAGCCAGGAUAUGAGUAUGUGGAAUCAUCCUCUGAAUGCUGUGGCAAGUGUGUGCAAUCCAAGUGCAUCUUUAACCACAAUGGCACCACACGCAUGUUGCAGAGUGGAGCAAAAUGGGCCCCUAAAAACACAGGUUGUAACUGGUUCAUCUGCACAUACAUUGGUGGAGAGUACAUUACUACAAGCUACAAGACACAGUGCCCUCUUCUGAACAUCGACAACUGCGAACCUGGUACAGUACAGCCUUCAUCUGAUGGCUGCUGUCAAGUUUGUGUGGAAAAGGAAAAGGGAUGUAAAGUACAGACCACAACUGAUUACAUAAAUCACAAUAGCUGCAAAUCAAAUUUCACUGUGGAACAGACACAUUGUCAGGGUGACUGCAACAGCUACAGCAAGUACUCUGAGCUGGAUUCUUCCACCUGUAGCUGCUGCCAGGCUACCCACACCAGUAACCGUACAGUGACCCUGAACUGUAUGAAUGGAGAUACAGUAACACACACCUAUGUCCAUGUGGAGGGGUGCAGCUGUAACCAUACUAAGUGUCAUGCAAGCAACACUUAGCCUGCACCACAUAUAGGAGAUACCCACCUUAGCUCCGGUCUCCUUUUAAGUAUCUACUGUGCCUGCAGUGUCAUAGUGAAACUGUCAUGGAAAACCCAUGGU